UGGACGUUACAGGUUGGUUCAGAGAAGCAAGGAGUGCGUGACACUUGAAAGAAGUGGGUGAGUCAACUUGGGUGCCUGAGACUGAAAUCGGAACUAUUACCUAUAGGCAACACACCAGAGGCAUAACAGAAGUCGUGUUGCAGCCUAACUAAAGUUACUUGAGGGAGCCACAACUGUCAUCUAUUUCCAGAUUUAAUAUCCACAGUCGAAGACAAUUUGCGUCCAUGUGUGACACAUACAACCUGGAUUCUCAGUGCGUGUCACCACCAUGCAGUAUGAGCUGGGCGAUGGAAUCCACAAACUUCUACGACAAUAAGCUGAGCGCUGUCUCUGGGGACAGUAAAUGUGUUCGUAGCGAUGGCACUGGGGAGGACAGUAGUAUGGUGGAACUGAGCAACGCUCCUGCCAUCUAUGACGACGAGAGUGCCAUCGACUUCAGCGCCUACAUCGAGUCGAUGUCCUCGGUACCAAACCUGGAACUCUGUAACGACGAGCUGUUUGCAGACUUGUUCAACAACACUGUGAAGCAAGAAAAGCCUGACUUCUACUUGCCAAAUGCAGUUGCCAACCACUUGCAGCUGUCUUCCAGCGGCGCCUUUUGCCCAGCCAUGCAAAAGACCUUCGACAGAAGGCAGAAUGGGUCAGAGAAGGGGGCGUUCAGCGCACCGAUCAAACAGGAGUCUGACUGGAGUGACAGUGACCUGUCGUCGUCUUUACCCUCGCAGAUAGAAAUCUGCGCACAGACCUCAGUGAGCCUGCACACCGGACAACCAACGCCUCCCACGACACCAGAGCCCAUCUCAACCAGAACUCCGGCUCAUCCUGCCCACCGGCGGAUAGGGAAAGAAAAGGGCAAAAAGACGGUUGAUAAGUACAGCCCGGAGUAUCGCCAGCGACGCGAGCGGAAUAACAUCGCAGUUCGCAAAAGCAGGGACAAGGCGAAACAGCGCAAUUUGGAAAUGCAGCAAAAAUUAAUUGAGCUAAGUGCUGAGAACACACGUCUGCAUAAAACUGUUGACCAGCUAACACGUGAACUCACGAGCUUGAGAAACUUUUUCAAACAGUUCCCUAACUCUUCUUUUGGGGUUACUACGACUGCUGACAGUCAGUGACGUUUCUGACAAUCCGUUUUAAUAAAUGAACUGUGAAAUAUACCUCAGCGGACUUCUUAUGGACUGCCCAUAUAAUCGAUCUGUAGCGUGUGUAAAAUAACUUACACCUGAUGGACUUUGGCACUGAAAAUGGUCAUCGACCCCAUGUUGCUGCCGUCAUGAAUUUUGUUGAAAAUCUUUUUGUAUUUUAAGUUAUUUUAAAACUUCAUAUAUGUUGUUAUGGUACGUUUUAUAAUUCCAAACUUCAUAUCAAUGCCAGAGCAUGUUUAAUUUUUUGUAUAGUUUAUAAAAAUGGGAAAUUUGUUAGUAUAUAUACAUAUAUGUAAUAAAAACUUGAAAUCCUAAAA